CUCACAACCACUUCUCUCCUCCUCUGUCAAUCCCACCAACUGAAUCAUGUCUGGACGCGGAAAGGGCGGUAAGGGUCUGGGCAAGGGCGGCGCCAAGCGCCACCGCAAGGUGCUUCGCGACAACAUCCAGGGCAUCACCAAGCCCGCCAUCCGCCGUCUGGCUCGCCGUGGCGGUGUGAAGCGUAUCUCGGGACUCAUCUACGAGGAGACCCGGGGCGUGCUCAAGGUGUUCCUCGAGAACGUCAUCCGCGACUCUGUCACCUACACGGAGCACGCUCGCCGGAAGACCGUGACGGCCAUGGACGUGGUGUACGCCCUCAAGCGCCAGGGCCGCACCCUCUACGGUUUCGGCGGCUAAGCGAUCGCGGCAAACGGCUACUGCUUUUGCUAUUAUAGUGCGAUGUGCCACUGCUUCAACUCGUUGCUGCAGCAGGUGAAGUCUCACCCACUUCUGCUGUUGCACAACAACCCAGACCCAACCUGGUGUUUCCUCAACACCACCCAUUUGACGAAAGAAUACGAAGCCUUAGCCUUGCUUUCCACCUCUCUCGUGCUUUGCUGUGAUGCAUGAUACGAAGGAGGCUCACAAAUUUGUACGUUAAGAGGUAAUUUUAAUUUUUGUGAUUGAGUUGAAGCAGAGACCGCCGGCUACUUCACAUGGCAGUGUUUUACCGCUGCU